AUGGAACAGAUGAUAUGUCGCAGCCUUGAAGAUAACGCGUAUAGCAUGCAGGGAUUUUGGCUCUGGCAGUCCAAUUUUAUUCAACUGCGCCGCCGCCGUGAGCAGUGUCGACGCCGGCCUCGCAAUGACGCUGCGUCGCCGACAGAGGAGGGCAGCGGGGAGAGCGCUUCGACCCGCAGUCAAACCGAGGCAGCUUCGCUGCAACGCGCUGAUGAAAUUCGCGAGUACGUCUCUGCUGUUCUCCACGCCACCGGGUACCCCUACCGAUCAGCCUCCACUGCCGAUGACGCACGGGAAGAUGCUGACGACUCUUCUCCGCCCACAGUGACCGAUGCCGAGACGUCUGUAACCAGUGCUGGCCUCACAUCGGCUUCGCUUUCUCCAGGCGUCACAGACCCCGCUGGGGUGUCCGGUGAGCCGCCACGGAAGGCCAGCCGCGGUGAAAGGACUGACGUGACUGCACGUAUCCCUGCGGCGCCGACUAGCGCACUCGCAAAGCUUGUGGCCAAAGCCAGGGCCCAGCAUCGCGAUCUCGUCGAGGACGCUCCCGUGGUAGUCGUGACUGUGCCUUCGAGGAGGGCCCCGCCAGACGAGCCGGGGAGCCAGCCUGCCAUAGGGCGGAAACGGAUUCAAUUUGCUGAUGAGCCUCCUCUGGCGAACGACCCACAGCUGUUGCGUGGUCGCCACGUCCGCAGCGACAACCACGGCAGUGAUGAAGACGAUAGUUUUAUGAUUCAACUUCCAGGCCACAUGGGGCCGCAAGCGUCAUCGGACGCCGGCGAGAGUAGUGGACACAAUGUUGACGCCGUGGCAGGCGUUGCCGGGGGCGCCGAUGCGGUUGCUGCCAAGCACCCAUCACAGAUGACUCGAGCAGAGUUUCUGAGCCAGUUCAAGCGAGCGCCGCGUCGUGGCGAGGUAGGGCAAACUGCGGAGGAGAUCGCAGCUGCAGAGAAACUGGGCUAUGUCAUGUCCGGCUCCCGCUCCGUGGCAUCUCGCAUGUAUGUGGAUCGCAUCCAGCGGCAGUUGCAUGAGCACGAGGCGGCGAAGCUGCAGCAACAGUUCCGCAAGGUCGAAGAUGAGCGCAUGGACGACCAACUGGUGCUUGAACUUGCACAGUUCAUCAACAGUAAGAAGAAAAGCUGA